AUCAUUUGUAAGGUUCUGCAUAGCAAACCAUCGUAUUGCUAGCGUCACGUCGCUGUUAGCAAAACCCGAGAGGUCUGGUCAUGGAGGAGCACAGUCUGACCUGCAGUAUCUGCUUGGAGCGUUACAAAUACCCAGUGACUAUCCCUUGUGGCCACACAUUCUGCAAGGUAUGCAUAUCCAAACACUGGGAUCAUGGGAUAGAGCAAGGUGGACAUCAGAACACAUCAUUCAACUGCCCAGUUUGCAAAAAGACUUUCUCUGAAAAACCCACUCUGAACCGAAAUGUGUCCCUGUCCGUUUUGAGUGAAGUGGCAGCCAACAGCAAAGCAGAGAGAGCUGCCGGUGUGGCGUGCAGGACAGAUCGUGUCGAAGAUGGCUAUGAAGAGCUCUGUCCUUGCCAUCAAAAGCCUCUUAUCUUCUACUGCAGGACAGAUCGUAUGUGUGUGUGCUCUGUGUGCUCUGUGAAAGAAUGCAAAGACCAUGACAAGGUGUUGGUGGAAGAAGAAAGGAGUAACAGAGAGGAGGGACUGAAGAAGAAGUCCAUAGAGAUUGGAAAAUGCAUGGAGGAUACAGAGAACAACAUUCAGACACUUUCUGAAAAUAUCACUGAAGCUAAAGUGUCCCUGCAGCAGACGUCUCAGUGGGUGAGCGCCAAGUUCUCCCAGCUGCUAAAGGUGCUGACUGAGAAACAGGAAGUGACACAGAGUUUCUUGGAGCAGCAGCAGGCCAGCACUGUGGCUCAGGCUGAGACUCAGCUCAGCAACCUGCAGGAGAAGCUCGAGCAGCUCAGAGAGCUACAGGAGCAGAUCAGCAGCCUCUGUUCCCUCCCAGACUGGCAGUUUAUUCAGGUCUCCAGGCUGGUUGAGGUUCCUCAGGUGGGUUCAGUUCCUGUAGAUGUCACUGUAAACCUUCAGGAGAAGCUGAAUCCGGUCACGGACAUUCUGUCUCGCAUCUCAAAGCUGGUGUGUGAGGACCUGGAUAAAGCUGUGUAUGCAGCUGUGAGCCACAACAAAGAAGGCUCUCCUCAAGACAAGAGACCGAUGCUUGCUGUAGUACCAAGUCCAGCCACUCCACCUUACCCAGCAGGAAAGGAAGGCCUCAUUCAAUACCGUUGUUCAUUGACCUUUAACCCUUGUACGGCCAACGCUCACCUCGUGCUUUCUCAGAACAACCGACGGGCAGAGCACCUGAGCUCAGGACCACAUACAGUGCCAACCGACGAGGCGCGCUUUGAUUACACCUGGCAGGUGUUGUGCUCAGAGAAUUUCACACGCGGCCGCCACUACUGGGAGCUGGAGGUGUCUAAGCCUUGGGCAUACGUAGGUGUGACAUACCCAGGCAUCCCACGCAAGGAGAAAGGCAGGACGUCCAUGCUGGGAAUGAAUGAUCUUUCAUGGAGCCUGCAGCUGAACGAACGCCAGCUUACUGCUUGGCACGGCAGCCAUGGAGACCCUGUAUCAGGUGAGCUGCAGUUAAGCAAGCGGCCUCUGCGCAUCGGCAUGCUGCUGGACUACGACGAAGGCACUCUGGCUUAUUAUGGAGAGAACCAGGUGAGGCUGCACGCCUUCCACUGCGUCUUUACCCAUGAACUCUAUCCUGCCUGCUGGAUCGGGGAGGGGGUCAGCGUCACUCUCUGCCCAAUGUGAACAACUUUUUCAAAGCAAAGUUUGCAGCACGGCAUUUUAGAAAUUCAGCUCAUAAAACUACUUUUUCCUCUGCAGCAAAUGAACAAGCACACCAUAAGGUUACUUAUGUUCACUGGAGUAGGGAAGUAGUUCCAGGCCUCCAACAACUGUUGUGGAGAUCGUCACCACUAACACGAGCUUCUAGCAAAAGCCACUUUCUGAAAACUAGACUUUUAUUAGAAAAACAAACUGAGGCACUAUGCUCUAUUAUAGAAAGAUGCUCCAGCACAAGUUACAUUUUUGUAUUUAAUAUAAUAUGAACAUCCUUAUUACUUAACUAAUAACACUUAUUUUCUGAUGUUCCAUUUGUUUUUAAGUUAAACAUUGUGUUGCACUUCAUGCACUUUUUGGCAUGGUAAAAAUGUUCGGUACUACUAAAAUAAGCCAUGGCCUCACAAUAAGGCAUAUUUAUCUUUACACGGGGCAGAAAAGUGGACCAUGCAGUUAAGAUCUAUCUCGACUUUACACGUCUAAGGCUCUAUUUAAUAGAGCCGCCCAGUUCUUGAGGAAACAGGACUCAUGCCUGAUUGAUUAUAUGCAUUCAGUAAGUUACUGAUUUACAGCAUAUUAGUAGUGUAAUUUACAAAAUCCUGAACAGAGAUAAAACUUUUAAUAAUUAUUAAUGAGCAAUGAGCUCAGUGUCUGCUCAUGACUAUUAAUUUAAGGGUUAAUUAAUUGGUACACGGGAAUGAAAAAAGCCACUAUUCACACAUCUGUUUUGUUUUUUUGCAAUUUAUUAUUCUGUACAUAAUAUUCUGUACUUCUAACACUAUCCCUCUGAAUAAUUGUCAAUUCAGGAGUUUUGGCUUUCCAUGUAGUAUCACCACUUUUUUAUCAUCUGUAGAUUCUCUGUUCUUCGGGUGAGUGAAUGUGGUCAUGCGACUCAAUAUCUACAUGUUGGUCACAGUGAAUGAGGAGUAGCGAUUUGCAGUGAGACAUGAAUUGAAUUGAAUUGAUUGAAUUGUCAUUUUUUUUUUGUGCAGAACCACUCCAAAAUAUCAUUAGCUGUACAAUAUAUAAAACGUAAACGGCUUUGAGCUUUUUAAGUUUAAGGUACUAUGAAUUACAUUUUGUCACUUUUCUUGUUCUCUUUAUCUUUCCUUGUUUUACUUCAAAGUUUGUCAUUCCAGUUGUCCUUUACCUUUGUUUAGCUAUUUUAAAAGGUGGUAAAACACUGAAGCACAUAGUCUAGUAUUAUUUUAAUACUGUUAUAUUAUAAUAUUUUUAAUGAAUAUUGCUUCAUAGGCACUUCAUUUAUUUAUUAGAUUAAUUGUUCAAACUUCAUAGCAUUGAGUGAGGGUUAUAAAUAAUUUAUGUAUCCCAAAAUUAGUACACAAAAUGUAUUACGUGUCUUUUUUCUUUGUUUUAAGUAACUUAAGCACAGUCUGUCCUUUCUAGAUAUGGUCUACACUCAACCAGUGUAGUAACCAGAUUUAAUACGGUGAUGGUUUUUGUGUCUGUCCUUGCUUGUCACAUUGCUGCCUAGAUCGGAUCGUCUGCUUGUGCAGUAUCAAGAAAUAGUGUUUUAACUCAUGCCAGCAUAUUUACAUUACUGUCCUUCUGUGAAGGGAAUAUAAUUUUUUUUUUGAUUAUGUACUAUAUUAAAUAAUCUUUUUAUUGUGACUGUUAUAAUUCAGCUGGGCUUUGAACUGCAGACAGCAUCAGCUUCGAAGAAACAGGGACAAAUGAUCCAUGCACUCCGGUUAUUAGUGACGUGUCCUGAUGUGAAACCCAUCCGAGACUUUCAUCCUAAUCCAACACUGUUUUUCAAUCCAAUCCAAAAACAUUUCGUUUUGGGGUUGUUUUUUUUUCAGCCAGGAGAUACAUCACUUCUAACAGAGGAGGAAAAAACUUUAAAUGGACAAAGUGUCAUCAAAGAGAAACAGAAUCUGUCUUUUAGCCUGAAAAGUGUAUUUUAAAAUGUUUGCUGUUUAAAAAAAGACAACCUUGAAAACCUUUAAACUUGUACAUAUUACUUUAAUAAAAUACAUCCAUUAUGUUAGACAUCAUAGCGGAGCGCAUGCUUGGAUGGUUACAUUUUAUUAUCCAAAAUAAAUUGUCAGAACUGUUGAACAGCAAGAA